AUGAUCUUCGCCGCCCGUUACCUGCAGGAGAGGAGUCAGGAGAGGCGAAUCCAUCUUUACUCUACUUUCGUUGAUCUGACGAAAGCCUUCGACAUAGUGAAUCGCGAAGGGCUGUACAAAGUAAUGCAGAAAUUCGGUUGUUCCGGACGACUCACUCAAAUGGCGCAUCAGCUCCACGAUGGCAUGAGGGCACGUGUCACGGACAAUGGAGUCGCAUCAGAGGCAUUUGCAGUGACCAAUAGAGUAAAGCAGGGUUGUGUCUUCACGCCUAUACUCUUCAGUCUCAUGUUCUCUGCCAUGCCUAACGUGACGAACGCUCCGGGACGCCUACAAGAUGGACGGCCAGCUCUCAAUCAGCGGUGGAUGCACUUUCAGUCGCGUGUAUUCAGAACUACCGUCCAUGGACUUCUUUUCGCCGACUUUUGCGCUCUGAACGCCACCUCGUAA